AUGAUUGAAAGAAUGAAGCAGCUCCACAGCAUCAGUGGCAAGAGGAAGAGGCAGGAACCCAGGACCACGUGUGUGAAGCACAAGCGGGACCUGAUCCUCUUCUGUAAGGAGAACCUAGAGCUUCUGUGUGAACUCUGCACUGGGCCCGAUGGGCACUGUGACAACCAUCCAGAGGCUGUCACUCACCACAGGGAGAAGACCCAAGGCUUCAUCAAGCCCUUGAAGAGAAAAGUCAAAGAGGCUCAAAAGUUAGUAAGCAUUCAGAGCAGAAGACCCCUGGCCCUGAGAGAGGAGGUGGAAGCACGGAGACAGGAACUGGCUGCUGAAUUUGAGCGACUCGAUUGGUUUUUAGACAAGGAACAGCAGACAGCUCUCUCCAGGUUAGCCCAGGAGGAGAAGGAGGGUGAGAAGAAACUCAGAGAAAACACGAGAGCUUUUGCAAACUACGGAUCCACGCUCAAAGGUCUGCUGAGCCAGGUGGUGAGGCACAGGGCGCUGUCUGAAGGAGAACUGCUGUCAGAAGUCAAAAAUUUCUACAAGAAUUCUGACAGUCUGAUCAGCCCACACAUCUUUUCAGUGUAUUUACAACAAGAGGCAUACUAUCUUCCUCCCCAGUACUCUGCCCUACAAAAACUUACGGACAAAUUCUCAGAGGAUAUAAUUCUAGACUCGGAAACAGCCCAUCUGAACCUAGUCAUCUCUGAGGAUAAAACACAUGUUGACCCAGAUGCUAUGCUGCAGGCUGUUAGAGCCUGGUUCAUCGGCAUUUUCCUGGAGUAUGAGUUGUUCAUCUCCUUCUACAGUAUGCUUGAGAAGUCUCACGUCUGUACCCACAGGGACCUCUUCUUUGGGUUUCUUUGUCCUUAUUUCUAUGUAGGACCCAAUUCAGGACCUCUUAGGAUCUGUCCUGAUAUAGAUUCUGAGUAA